AUGUCGCACUCCAUGCUCCCCCUGUGCGUCCUGGGACUCAUCGCCCUCUCCUCCGCCUGCUACAUCCAGAACUGCCCCCGAGGAGGCAAGAGAGCGCUGCAAGACUCCAGCCUCAGACAGUGCAUGUCGUGUGGUCCUGGAGAGCGCGGCCGCUGCUUUGGCCCCAGUAUCUGCUGUGGGGAGGGCCUGGGCUGCCUGAUGGGGUCCCCAGAAACAGCUCACUGUGUGGAGGAGAACUACCUGCUCACCCCCUGCCAGUCUGGAGGGAGGCCCUGUGGAUCAGAGGGGGGGCGCUGUGCUGCCUCGGGACUCUGCUGUGACUCAGAGAGCUGUGUGCUGGACUCAGACUGCCUGGUGGACAGUGAAUCUUCAGAAGGGGCUCACAGCUCGCCCACAGAGCUGUUGCUACGCCUGCUGCACAUAGCCAGCAGAACACAGACUGAGUACUGA